CCUCCCGCUGCCUGUUAUUUUCUGCAACAAGAUGGCUGUCGUCCCUGAGAGCAGAGUCCUCACUUUCAGCGUUUUUAAAUGGAGCUCUUACUCCUCGACAUAUUUACCCGAGAAUAUCUUGGUGGACAAACCUAAUGAUCAGUCUUCCAGAUGGUCUUCAGAGAGCAAUUACCCUCCACAGUUUUUAAUCUUGAAGUUGGAACGGCCGGCUGUUGUCCAGAGCAUCACAUUUGGGAAGUAUGAAAAGACUCACGUCUGCAACCUGAAGAAGUUUAAAGUGUUUGGUGGGAUGAGUGAAGAGAACAUGACAGAGCUUUUGUCCAGUGGCCUUAAGAACGACUACAACAAAGAAACAUUCACCUUAAAGCACAAGAUCGAUGAGCAGAUGUUUCCCUGCAGAUUUGUAAAAAUAGUGCCUCUGAUGUCGUGGGGUCCUAGUUUUAACUUCAGCAUCUGGUACAUCGAGCUGCACGGUAUUGAAGAUCCUGACGUGGUGCAGCCCUGCCUUAACUGGUACAGCAAGUACAGAGAACAGGAAGCUAUUCGCCUUUGCCUCAAGCACUUCAGACAGCAUAACUACACAGAGGCCUUCGAAUCGCUGCAGAAGAAGACGCGGAUAGCGCUGGAGCACCCGAUGCUCACUCACCUGCACGACCGGCUGGUGCUGCAAGGAGACUUUGACGCCUGUGAGGAGCUCAUAGACAAAGCUGUGAGAGACGGUUUGUUUAACCAGUACAUCAGCCAGCAGGAGUAUAAGCCGAGGUGGAGUCAGAUCAUCCCGAAGUGUAACAAAGGUACAAGCGCUCAAGAAAUCAACCGAGACGACAUGAACAGUGACGGCGACGACAACAGGCCCGGGAUGAGGGGAGGACAUCAAAUGGUCAUUGACGUCCAGACCGAGACCGUGUACCUGUUUGGGGGCUGGGAUGGCACACAGGACCUGGCUGACUUCUGGGCAUACAGUGUUCAGGAAAACCAGUGGGCCUGCAUCUCCAGAGACACAGAGAAAGAGAGCGGCCCGAGCGCUCGCUCUUGUCACAAGAUGUGCAUCGACUCUCAGCGGCGGCAGAUCUACACGCUGGGUCGAUACCUGGACUCCAGUGUCAGGAACAGCAAGUCCCUGAAGAGUGACUUCUACCGCUACGACAUCGACGCCAACACCUGGACGCUACUCAGCGAGGACACGUCAGCUGACGGAGGGCCCAAGCUGGUGUUCGACCACCAGAUGUGCAUGGACUCAGAGAAGCACAUGAUCUACACGUUUGGCGGUCGUAUCCUGACGUGUAACGGCAGCGUGGAGGAGAGUCGGACGUCAGAGCCUCAGUUCAGCGGCCUUUACGCCUUCCACUGCCAGGCCGGGACGUGGAGCCUCUUACGGGAGGACUCUUGUAAUGCCGGGCCGGAGGACGUCCAGUCCCGCAUCGGGCACUGCAUGCUCUUCCACACUAGAAAUCGCUGUCUGUACGUAUUCGGGGGUCAGAGGUCAAAGACGUACCUCAACGACUUCUUCAGUUACGACGUGGAUGGAGACCACGUGGAGAUCAUCUCUGACGGCACCAAGAAGGACUCAGGCAUGGUUCCCAUGACAGGCUUCACGCAGAGAGCCACCAUCGACCCAGAACUCAACGAGAUCCACGUCCUGUCCGGCCUCAGCAAGGACAAGGACAAACGAGAGGAGAACGUCCGCAACUCCUUCUGGAUCUACGACAUCGCACGCAACAACUGGUCGUGUGUGUACAAGAACGAUCAGGCGGUGAAAGAGAACCCGAGUAAAGCUCUGCAGGAGGAGGAGCCGUGUCCACGCUUUGCCCACCAGCUGGUCUACGACGAGCUGCACAAGGUGCAUUACCUGUUUGGUGGAAACCCCGGGAAGUCUUGUUCUCCUAAGAUGCGUCUAGACGACUUUUGGUCCCUCAAACUGUGUCGGCCCUCCAAGGAGUACCUGCUCCGCCACUGCAGAUACCUCAUCAGGAAGUACAGGUUUGAGGAGAAAGCCCAGUCAGAGCCACUGAGUGCACUCAAAUACCUGCAGAACGACCUCUCGCUGACAGUGGACCACACGGACCCUGAUGAGACCAAAGAGUUCCAGCUUCUGCCUUCGGCUCUCUUCAAGUCCAGCUCCGACUUCAUCCCCUUAGGUUUCUCAGACGUGGAUCAGACGUACGCUCAGCGGACGCAGCUCUUUGACACACUGGUCAACUUCUUCCCGGACAGCAUGACUCCGCCUAAAGGAAAUCUAGUAGACCUCAUCACGCUUUAGCCCCUACUACUUCCAACGCCCACCCCUCCCUCACCACCUCACCUCACCUGCUGGACUGACUGAACUCCUGCCCAUCCCUGCACCUGAUGGGACAGAGGACACAGAGACCAGUAAUUUUUCUAUUCCUGAACCCUGCUUGUGGGAUAACUCCUCGUGCGGAAGCUUCUGCUGUUACCCAACGCUGAGGUAAACACACACACGAACAACACUGCGGUGUUCGGAUGUGACUGAAUCACCAACAACCUGAAGUGUGUGUUUCUCUUCUCCCAAGAUAUCCCUUUGUUUUUUCUUCUUCUUGGUAAUGAAGAUAUCUUGGAGCACGCAAAGCCCCUCUGAACUCUGCCAAAUAUCGCUUCUGUUUCUCAUCAUCUCUUGUUUUCCCCCUCGGUAGAAAAGUUAAGGCCAAAAAAAAAAGAUUUGCAUUCGUUUGCAGUCUUUUUGUAGAGUUUAAAAAUGUUGGAUUUGAGCUUUGGACCCUCACAGGCGCUCGGAGCAGAACAGAAGACACGCCGCUGUCUGCUGAGGCCAGUUGUUGUGACAGGUCAGUUUGGAUUCACCUGAUGAAACUUCAGCGUCUGCUUUUAAAACUUUCGUCCUGCAGCACUUCUCAUGAAUGUGUCAGCCAAAAAGAGUCAAAGGUGUAAUUAUGGAGCAAAGAUUCUAUGAGAUAAAGUUUAAUAUAUAUCUAAUUAUUGAUUUUGGUUGCUCUCCCUGUAAAUUUGCCUGGUGAAGUUUGGUUUCAUGGGUUUGAUUUGUUUCCCUCGGUGAUGAAUAGACGUGUACAGAAAAUGUAAAUACACAUAUAGGACUUCUUUGGGGUGAACAGACUCAGAUCAGAUGUGCUCAGAUCUGCUUCUCUCUCGUCCCUCUUCUUAAAAAAAAAAGUCAGGGUCCACAUAUCGUAACUCUCUGGCUCUACAGUAUAACUUAAUUAUUAUUAUAACUUAUUGGAAAUAAAUUAAAACACGGUGUGUGAGUGAAGUGCCGGUGCCAGUAAUAAGUUUGACGAUGAUGGGAGUGAGAAGAGCUUCUUUUUUUUGUUCUAAUGUGUGAACACGAUGAUACUCUGACGUGUGAUGAAUUAGUUGGUGAAAUGUUCCUUUUUGCCCCAGUUAUCCCGAAUGUGCCCAGAGAGGAUUUAUAGAUUAGACCUGCCUCGCCUCCACGACUUCCUUUACAGCAACGAAAACAAACAACCUCAGAUCUUAUCUCUGAAAUACAACUGAAAUAUCUCGACAGGUUGAGAUGACAUCCGGUGAUUGUUCAGCAGACUGAUUUGUUCUUUAGCUGCACCAACAUGAAUUAUAAUCCCUCUACCUAAGCUCACCUCAUGGUGGUGUAAUUCACGUGUUGAAUAAUACCUCCUUCAUGAAGACCUGCAAACGUGGUAUAGUCACACUUUCCAGUUGCUAGAAUUUAAUCAGCUUCUGCCAGCCAAUCAGAAUCUAGAGCUUUCAGUAGCUUUGAUAUACAUCCAUUAAACAGACACACACCAGGUUUUUGUUAUUUGACUUCCAUAGAAGUUUCUGUUGCCUGAACACUCAUCGAAAAUCACUGAUUGGAUCUUUAUCAGCUCCCUUUCGAAACAUUGAGUGAAUUUAUCUGGACUUUAUGAGCCUGAUCCUGGUUUUGAUCAUAUCCAGGAUGUGCCGUUUACACUCACACAGAAACCUGGUUAUUCAUACCCCUGUAAACAUGAUAAAGACUUCUAUCCUGGUUUCUGAUCACUGCGUCUUAUUUUUGCGGGCGCCUUUGAUGUUUAUUUUUUGCAAAACAAAUUACGGCAAUUUAGAAAUCUGAGAAAAAUGAGACCACUUGCAGGCUCAGCAUUAUUAAACAACACCACCAUGCAGGUCUGUUGUUUCCACCUCACUCCUAGAUGAGUUAUUCUUGUUUCUGAAAAUCGUGGUAAGUUGUUGCAUGCAUAAACACAAACAGGCUACUAAAAGAACCUGAUAUAAGCGAAAUGCUCUUGUCGAUAUAAACACACUCAACUCUCAACUGUUGUUAAAACAAAGACGAGAUACCCGAGACCUUUUGGUCCCCUGCAGACUGUCUUUCCAGAUUAAAGGAAAAGAAAAACACACAUUUGGUAAAGUUGUUGUAAAAUCAAUUAAAAAUAAAAAAACUAAUAUAAAAGCAAAUUAUAAUGUCAAAAAAAUGUUAAAAGACAAGUGAACGAAUCACUGACAGCGUUUUAUCUUCCAAAAACAGGUCAAGAGUCAGACUGACUAUGAGAGUAACCCUGGAGGAGGGCUGCAACUGACUAUGAUUAAAUAGUUGAUGCAUUUGUUAAAUAUUUUUCAAUUAAUUAAACAUUUUUGGCAUCAAAAUGUUAAAAAUUUUUUUUUGAAAAUGCCCAAAAAUGUUAAAAAAAAAUCAAACGUGUGCAAAAAAGUCAAAAAACAAAUUAUUCCAUUAACAGUCAAUCAGAAGUGAAGAAACCAGUAAAUGAUCACACUGAAGAAGCUUCUAUUUGGACUCAAUCUGAAUGAAGCUUUUAUAAAAGCUGGUAAUUGAUUGAUUGGUUGAUUGAUAGAUAACUGAUCAGCUGUUGCAGCUCUCUGCCUACAAACCGGUGAUACUAGUCUCACACCUUCAGUUAAAACGUUCACUUCUGCUGCUACAGAACCAUCUGAGGUCCCACCUUUCGUCUUCCAUGACUCUGUAACACUCAAAUAGUUAUUAAACACGAACCUGAUCAUCAAACACUUCUCAUCUGAACACUACGUGGCUGUCUCUGCGACUGUUAACCAGACUCUGUUUGUGUUUAAUGUACAGGAUCCGUUCUGUUUCUUCCUUUGAGCGUAAAGAACACUGAAGUCAUAGAUGAAUAGCAAAUUUAAAGAUCUCGUCUUCUAGCUUUACCUCAGGUCAUCAGACAUGAACUUGUGAACGAAUGAAUCCCUUUGUAUCUGCAUUUCCUAGACAGCGAUUCACAUUCAUGCACUUAUUUUGUACUUAAAGGACCAUGCUACUGAAAGGUGAAAGGAAAACAUUAUGAGCCAGUGCUAAAAAGUUCCCAGUGAGAUAAACCUCCUUUAAGUGUGCAGGCAUGAGAAACAUGUUCCUGUGAUCCAUCAGUGAGGGAGAGUAUUCCCCAAACUAUCACACUACGUAUACAAAGGUCCAGUACGUAAGACUGAGUAAGGGCAAUGACACUUUUUCAAACAUAAAUUACCUAAAAAUAAGAAUUGAUGUUCUUUUGUUACCUGAGAAUCCUCUUUUUGUACGUACAGGAUGGUCGGUUCUCACAUAUAGAUUCUGCUGUUUCUACCAAGGUUGUUUUGAAGCAACACUUUUCCUAGUCGUUCUAACAAAAACUUAAAUUCUGAAUAAUCUUAAGGUGAUAAAACACUCAGAAAACUGAAAUUCACCACAAACACAGCUAAACACAGGAUCACUGAGUCUGCAGACUGUCUACCACUAUCAGAGCUAGUACUUCCUUGCAUGUCAGCGUCCUCAUGCCUUUACAGGUUCCUUAUUGCUCUGGUGGAGUAGUUAUAUGUCAGUUUAACCAGACAUACAACUUUACUCCAUUUAAAGAUGAACAUACUGACAAACCACACCAUGCUACGAGACGACAUCUGUCACCUGUGCUUGUUUACAUCCAGGUAGUAGAGCUUUAGAGCUGCACUUCAACCAAGACAAUUUACCUGAAUUCUGUGCCUACAGUAAAAAUAUUAAUAACCAGUUUAACUGACUGGUAGCUCUGGUGCUAACAACAUUUGAUAGUUAUGUCGACUACACGCCCACAUCCCUGAUUUCUACAGAAGCCCAAAAAUAAACAAAUCAAACAUUUCCUCUCGCUUUAAAGCCUGAAAUUUGGCGUUUUUGCCAUCCUAUCAUGUUUUUCCACCUGGAAGUUACCAUUUUUGGACACUCUUCCUGGAUUGACAUAUUGCUGCAGUAGUAACACCAUGUUAUGACUCCUCCCCUCUUUUAUGGUCUGCUUGGCUUCAAAUGGGACCACAGUUUCAAAAGUUAUAAAGCAUCACGAAGAGGACUUAAAACUAAAACUAGGGGCCGUCAAGUCAUUUGGAAAAUUACAUUCAAAUCCAAACUAUCAGACUACUUUUUGCAACCAAGGAGUCGCCCCCUGCUGGCCAUUUGACAGAACGCAGGUUUAAAGCCCUGCAGCAUUGAAACUUAAGAGGCUAGGUGCUCUUCUCGUAUGCAGUCUAUGAUUUUUAUUAGCUAGACGCCACUAAAUUCUGCACAAUGUCCCCUUUAAGGCACAUGAUUUGUAGGAAAUGGGCUUAAAAGAAACAAAAUGAUGGUAGCAUGGUCCUUUAAAUGUCAGAGAUGUUUGUUUUCAGGGUUUUAUUUCAUAACGUUUGCAUCUACGCCACCGCUAAGUCCUUUCCAUGAAGUGCACUAAUGUAGAAUCAGACAGACUCCCCUCAGAAGGUCGUUUACCGUGAUCGUUGGUGCUCUGCUGCAGCACCUGCCGUCACUGUAAUAAUCUCAGUGUGUUUCUAUAACCUGCAUGUGACAGUCCUUCCUUUAAUCAUUCGAGUAAAGAAAACCUGCAGACGUUCCCCGAUAGAGGAAUCUUUAACAUUUAUUUUGUUUGAUUUGUUGCGGCUUUAGUCGAGGCUGGCACAUACGUUGUGUCCUUGUAUGUUCCUCUCCAUGCGUCUUCGACCCAGGGCAAAAACUGUUGCGUUAAGCUGAGAAAAUAUUAUAUCUAACUGAGGGAUUAUUUAUGAUAUUUUGACAUUUAGGGCUCUUCACGCUUGCCGUAGCAUCUCUUUUUGUUUCGUUUUGUGCCAGAAGAAAACUGUUAAAAGACUUAAGAACGCACCUUUGUAAAGAAAAAAACAACACAAUGCCAAAUACUACUUUUCUUUUUGCUCUCAAGGGUAAAUCUCCACACAAAACUGGAUGAUGUGUUAUUAUUUUGUACUCUUUCUUUCUAUCUGGCCCCUCUCUGGACCCCCGGGUGGGACUCUGUACUCUCCGAUCAGUGAGCACUACUCUGUGGAUACAGUGAAUGUGUAGAAAGCCUUGUAGUAUUGCAUUGUAUGUAAUGUAUAUAAUGAAUAAAGAUUGUAUUUUGUUCAGGUUUUCUUAA